AUGACUAGAGCGAUUAGAUGUAUGUCAAAUGGUCAAGGUUAUACUUCUACUUCAUUUGAAGGAAGAGUUGCAGUUGAAUUGUUUGAUACUUCAACUGAAGUUCAAUCCGAGAAAUGCACAUUUAAAUGUCAUUGGCAAACAAUUGAUAAAUUUGAUAUAAUUUAUCCUGUUAAUGUAUUAGUAUUUCAUCCUCAUUUUGGAACAUUUGCUACAGGUGAUGGUGAUUCAAUGGUUUCAUUUUGGAAUUCAGCAGCAAAAAGAGCACUAAGACAAUUACCUAAAUAUUGA